UCGGCACCGCAGUUUAACGGCAGCGAACGAUCCGAACGGAUGCACGUGGGCCCGCUGCUGAUCUCACGAUCAUCGACGAAGGGACGGUGUUUGGUGGUGUAGUGUGCUUAGUUUGAACACACAUCUUGUCGAUGGAAUACCGUUGGCCUACCGCGAAGCCAUCCAGGAAGCCAUUGCCAAAGAACGGAUCUAGUAGUUCGCAUCGUGAGUUUCCGUGUCCGCCAUUUUUAGAAAGAUGAUUUGGGGGUUCCACGCCAUCCUGGUGUCACUGUUAUCUGCUACGAGUUACCAUGCCCUCGAGCUGAACGCGAAUCGCGUCGAUCGGUAUGAGUUGGAACCACGGUUAACGGAGCAGUUGACUCGUUUCGCGAGCGCACCCAAUCUCGAGGAAUCCCUCAACUAUGGCCAGAUGGUGGUGGAGAAAUCGAAACGUGCCGAGGGUACGAUCAUCGGUGGACGGGACAGAAAGAUCGGCCGCGGUGGUACAGCGUACGCGCAGCUUAUCGACGGUUACCCGACUCCGGACACUGAACGGCAGGAUCAUCUCGCAGGAACCGUGCUCCGGGCUUCAUCCUACUUCGUGAACCGGUUCUGCGUACCAUCGGCUAUUCCUUCGUACGAGUGUGGCCUCUUCCUGUCCGGGGUCGCACUUCCGGAGAGCUCGGCUUUGUACACACGCUGUAGAACGUUGAUCGAGGCGAAGGAGCACAACGAUCAGUACCUUCGGUUACUACCGGCCGUGUAUGAUGAUGGAGUGUACUCGUUCCGACGUAGCGUUACCGGUCAAGAGCUGCCAUCGGCAAGGCUUGUGUCCAGUAGGUUUCACACACGCUCGGGUGGCGUGGCCACGGGCGAUGACGAUUACGAUUUGGGACGUCAUACGGCGGCACUGGUACAGUGGUCACAGUUCAUCGAGCAUGAUCUAGCCAAAACGACCGUCCAGACGAUGCACGACGGAGCGGAUAUUGAGUGUUGCACCACGGAGCAUGGACCACUGUUACCGCGCUAUCGCCAUCCGGCCGCCUGUGCACCGAUCCCCGUUCCGGUCGAUGAUCCCUUUUACCGGGAACAUCGUGCUACGUGCCUUAAUUACGUUCGCAGUGCCCGUUCGCUCGGUGACUCUUGCCAGCUAGGACCGGCCAAUCAGCUAAACGCAGCAACAGCUCAUCUCGAUCUUUCGCAACUGUACGGCAGCACGGUGAACGAGUCGGUGAUCCAGCGGACACACCAAGGAGGACGCCUUCGAGCGCAACAGUACGAUUCGCUCGACUAUCUACCGGCGGCAAGCGGUAAUCUGUGCGUCACCGAUGCACAGCUUGAAACGAUCUGCUACUCGUCCGGCGAUAGCCGCGUUAAUGUGAAUCCCUACGUAACGCUUCUGCACACACUGUUCCUGCGAUCGCACAAUCGGUUGGCCAAGCAUCUAGCUCUGGUAGCGCCACGGUGGACCGAUGAGCAGCUUUUUACCGUCGCUCGGUACGUGAAUAUUCGCAUCUACCGGAAGAUUGUGCGCGAAUGGUUAACGACCAUUACGGGACCGAUCGACACUACUCGAUCGACACUGUUCGAUCAGACGGUUGUCGGUAAGGAGAUCGCAAGGCAAGUUAGCAAUGAGUUUGCAACGGCCGCCAUUCGGUUCUAUCACACCAUGAUGCCCGGUACGGUCGGGAAUGUACCAUUGCAGACGCUCUUCUAUAGGCCGAAGGAUCUCCGGAAGCGGGAUUACUUCCGUCAGGUGGUUGAUUCGGUUCUGCAUCAGAAUGCGAUGGCACUCGAUACGGCGUACGUGGAUGAUGUUGCCCAUCUGCUGUUUGGUGCGACACGCCAGAUUGGGCUCGAUGUACUAGCGUUGGACAUACAGCGUGGCCGGGAUCAUGGUCUUGCCCGGUACGUCGAUUACUAUGCCCUGUGUAACGGUGAUCGUAUCGAUGACUGGAGUCAACUAGCGGGUGUAAUGCGACCGGAAGAUCUGGAAAUCCUACGCACGACGUAUGCCCGCGUUGAGGAUGUGGAUCUGAUCGUUGGAGGUGUUGCUGAGCGCCCGAAGGCAGUGGGUGGUGCCAUUGUAGGUCCAACGUUCUCGUGUCUGAUACGCGAACAAAUCGAACGAUCAUUCAACCUCGCCACCAAUGUCGAGACGGGUCGAGCUGGGGUUGAUUUUAACGUGCUAGUCGAUGGCAUACUGAAGGAUUAUGGUGCCGCAAGGUUCAUGUGUGAUACGGCUCAGGUCGAUCGAGUGCAGCGCGAUAUCUUCCGGCUACCGUCACCGGUCGAUAACCCAUCGUUCGACUGUUCACAGCUGCCCUCGCUCGAUCUUACGCGGCUCGUGCAAACCUUGGAUGCUGCUGGCGGUUGGCCGCAACUCCGUCCGAACGCAUGAAAGGUCAAAUGCAAGUUAAAAACCUGUAAUACAGCUUCGAAGUUGUAGUUGAUCGAAAGCAACUUACACGGACCGGCAGAUCGUGUGCUGCAAUAGGGAGAUAAGUUUCUAGUGAGGGGCACAAAUACGUGAACGUGAUCAGCUGAUAGGCCUCAGCUUGCCUAAGCAGUGGAAUCAAUGAGGACAAGUCCCGAAGUGUGUCAGCAAAGAACAGACAAGCGGCGUUAUCAUAUUGUGGCCACCGAUUCGUGGUUGGUUUCCGUGUUGUCGCCGUAAUGUGCGUGAGUUUUGGUUUGAAAACACGUGGAGAUUAGAGCUCGGGCAGGCAUAACUCAUUAGUGCCAUUCGGGCGAGAAUGACCAUAGAAUGAAUAACUUAUUAGCGAUAAGAUAUGCUCACUAAAUAAUUUUAAAUAAAUACAAAAAAUGGCGUAA